AUGGAUCAACAAGAAAUAAAGAGACAAAAGAUUGAAAACGAUGCUUCUGAAGUAACAGAAAAUGAAGCUAUAGAAGAACAAGUUGAUUCUACUACAUACACUGAAGAAGAUAUUAAGCUUGGAAAUGAGUUGAUCGCUGCUGUCAUUGCUAAUGAUCUAGAAAAAGUCAAGUCGCUUGUAAACGAUCAAGGUGCAGAUCUAUGCUUCAAUGGAACCGAUACUGGACGUACACCUCUUCAUUACGCUGCUGAACAUGGCCACUUGGACGUGAUCAACUGGCUAUUAUCCGAAAAACACCCUUAUAACGUUGUCGACAGAUCAGAAGUGACAGCAGGCGAGCUAGCACUCAAAAAUGGGCACAAGGCCAUCUAUGAUCGUCUGGUAGAGGAAGGUGUUCGCUCAGAACUUUUAAUACGUGCAUUAAAAAAGACGUUUGGCGAUUACGAUGAAGAAGAUGUAGCAAGAGCCAUAGCCAACAAGGCUUAUCUUCAGCAAAAACUACACUAUGACGAUAAUAAACUCUUGGAUGAAAAUAAUGACGCUGUCAUGAUGGGCUGGGAAGGCCCACUGAUGGUGGAACAUGCCAAGGUGAUGUGUCCCCAAGAAGGUUUGAAUGUGCUCAAUGUAGGCUUUGGAUUGGGGUUGAUUGAUACCGAACUUCAGAAAUAUAAACCCAAGAAUCAUUAUAUUAUCGAAGCACAUCCUGAUGUCUAUGCUCAUAUGCUCAAAUUAGGAUGGGAUAAGAAGCCAGGUGUGAAGAUUCUGUUUGGUCGAUGGCAAGAUAUGGUAUCCAAGUUAGAUAUUGCCUUUGAUGGCAUCUUCUUUGAUACUUAUGGUGAAUUUUAUGAAGAUCUCAGAGCCUUUCAUGAUUGUGUGCCAAAUAUACUUCAACACGAUGGCGUGUAUACAUGGUUUAACGGUCUUGGAGCCACAAAUCAAUUCUUUCACGACAUUUACUGUGAAGUGUCUGAAAUUGACUUGCGUGACUUCGGAUUAAGCACCGAGUACAUUGAAAUGCCUAUAUCUACUUGGGCAGAGCAAGGCGUUUGGGAUGGCGUCAGACAAAAAUAUUGGGUCUUGGACACAUAUAAAUUACCCAUCUGUAAAUUUUUACAAUAA